AUGAGUUGCCAAAUGCAGAGAUCGUCGCUAUACAAUACCCCGACCACAUCAAGAAAUGGAGACCGCGAAAAAGAAAUGAUCAAAAGCUCCUUCAUCGACCGCCUGAACGACGACGACGUCACUGUAGUUGCCGAAACGUUGACCCUAAUCAAGAACAUUUCGGUCCUGAAAGCCGACGCUUUGAAGGGUGUUUUAACCAAGUUGAUUUACAUGUGUCAACAGGACUUGAAAACUUGGGGGUCGGUGUCAACCGAGGUGGUUUUAAUGUUGUGUGCGAAAAGCGACCGAAACGACUGGGAGACUUUCGUUGCCCUUUUUCCGUAUUUGUUGCCACAGAGUGAGGAGCAGCUGGAGGCGGCGCGAGGAAUCACGCAGGUUUCGUUCGUUAGAAAGAAUCCUCUGUUGAGGAAGAUCAACGGGAAGUUGGAGGAGUGUGAGAAGUUCUGUAACAACGUUUUUGAUAGCUUGAGGAAUGAUAGCAUCGAGGUGGUUGAUAGCUUUGUGGAGAGUUUGAAGCAAACACCAAUGGAAGAGAGAUCUGUUUUGAAUAAGUACUUGGUCACGUUCAUUUUGAGUUGUAUUUUACCGAAUAAUAGCUCGAUUGAGACGAAUGUGCAGAUCGUGGAUAUAUUUGUCAAGUGUUUGGAGGGGUGUGAAAUUAGGUAUGAGAAUGGUAAGGCUUUGUUUUAUAAGCACGUAGCGGUGGCCCGUGCUGGUCGUUUCCAUUUUGAAGCAUUCCUUUUGUGUUUGAAGAAUGUGAUAGUGAAGACGAAGAAACCCGACGUUGAUUUAGGUCGUGUCGAUUUUCACGAAGAUAACGCUUUUAGUAGGUACUUUAUCUCUUUGGCUGACGCUGUCUUCAGAAGCUCUCCAAGCCACAAGAAAUAUUGUUUGUUUUUCGUCAACUAUUUUUGCAAGAGUUUGAGGAGCAAACUUGAGUUUACUUUGAAUCUAGUGAGUUGUGGUAGAUGCGCAAGCGCAGAGUUCCCUCAGAGUGUAGAUUUGAUAGUGAGGUUGUUGGAACCGAGCGCCAAAGAUAGCAAAAGCUCUCUUCUAACCGAUGGCGAAAUUCUGCUUCCGGUUGUGCUAGCAACGUUGCUUCACGAAUCUGAAGCCAUCAAGACCAAGAUGUUCAAAGUCGUGGAACUCCUAACACAAUUGGAAAAACACGGCUACCAACACCUAUUUCGCGAAUUGUUGAACCAACGUGAAGAAAUCAUCACCGACAAUUAUCAACUACCCCUAAUUUUGUACAAUUAUUUGUCGCUUUCGAGCGUCAAAAAUGAGGAGGUUGUGGCCAACACCGAAAUCGCGAAGACCCUUCUAGUCAAAGCCAGCUGCAAAAAGAACUACAAUGUCUACCUGAAAGCCAAAAUGCUAGAACUCCUAUCACAUAUCAACACGGUUGAAAUCUUCCAAGACGUUGCAGAAGAGUGUCAACUAGACGAAACCCAGUCUACUGUGGUUCUUAGAAACAUAAUGCGUUGCCAACCAGGUUUGGCUCCAGAGAUUCGUUUGAACAGUAGCAUCUGGAGGUUCAUUGAUUCUUGUGUCAAGAAAGAUAGCUUGACUUUGACUAUCAAGGGCAAAAUUUUAUUACUGGAGCAAAUCAGCAAAGACUUCUUCGCUUCGUUGAUAGACGAAGUUCAACUUAAACUCUUAGAUUUGGUUGUGGAAGUGCCUACGGUCACCAAAAACCCCGAAAUUCUGCCAAGCGUGAGGCACCUCGUCAAAAUCAUCGAUCUAGAUUCUAAAUUGAUUCUUCCUCAUUUUACCGCGUUGAGAGAUGUUCAGUCUCCGAAGCUCGACCCUAACAACUUAAAGAGGCGCAUUUCGGUAGUACCGACGACAGAUAUUUUGGACACUCUUGAAUGGCGGAAGGGUUUGACGGCUUUGGAGUUCAUUCGAAACAAGAAGAAGAUUAGGAAUAUUGAUGUGUUGUUGCCGGUGUUGUUCGAAGUUUUGAAGAAGUGUCUGGAUUUUGACGAAUAGGCAGCCGUUGAGUACCCCAAACAGCUGAUUCACUCAAUUCUCGAUUUGGGUAACCGAAUGGAAACUAAGAAUCUACCUGAAACUAUGUUCAACAUGGAGUUGAUAGUACAAUGUAUUAGGGCGUCGCAGAAUCCGCAGACUCAUUAUUGUGCUCUUUUAGUGUUGGCGUUUUCGGCUGACCUCUUUCCGACUCAAGUUUUACACAACAUGAUGGCGAUUUUUACCUUCAUGGGGUCUUCGUUGUUGCGCCAUGAAAAUGCGUACAGUUUCCAGAUUGUAUCGAGGAUUAUAGACACUAUUAUACCGAUUUUGGUUAAAGAUGGAGAUGUGGAAACUAGAGACCCUAGAUAUACUUUGGAAAAAUUAUGUUCUUCUGUCGAGUGGGAGUGGAAAUUAAUAGAAUCUACGAUGGUACUACGAGUCUUCGUGGAUGUUCUAUUAGAUGUACCGGAGCACCGAAGGAUGUCGAUAUACGAACAAUUGACGAAAAUCGGAGUCAGUGAACAUCUGUAUGUCUUUCUGCUUCUGAUUUUUGAGUCUCACGUCAAUCACACCAGACAGAAGAAUAAAGACGACCACAUGAAACGACUAGAAAUAGCCGCUAGUGUUUGUCGUGAGUUUUCUCCAAAAGUGGUCAUCCAGAAUUACAUCCAUUUGUUGAAAAAUUUGAAGGAGUUGCCUGACGAAGUAGAAACAGAUAACACCACUUCUGGGUUCGGUAUUUUGUACAAAACCCUCAAACAGUUCCGCCACUUCAAAUAUACUUUGAUUGUGUUUACGUCAAAGUUGUUGGCUUCUAAGGAGUUUGUUCUACAAGUUGCGGCUCUAACUAACGAGGAGUUGCUAGACCUGGAGCCUCUAUACAAAGAUACAAUCAUAAACGUACUAACUUAUAUCCAUAGAGUGUCAAAAAUCGCUGAAAAAAACGCAACUAUUACGCAUGCAAAUUACUGGAAGGUUAUUCUUCACCUCAGCUACGAUAUUCUUGAUAGUAUGAACGCGAUUUUAACACCGCAGAUGUUCGUCUUAGUCGUUAAAGGCUUGAUGGUUCAUAAUUUCGCCACGGUACGAAGACGCAGCAUGGAGCUCUUGAAUUCCAAAGUUCAACACCCUCCAACUUUCUUCAGUGAGUGCGCUUCUGAAGAAAUCUAUGUGUUGGUACCACCCUUGCUCUCCAUCAUCAGAAACGUCGAAGAAAUACCAAUGGACAACGAAGAAGAGUUGAAUGUUCAAACUGCUCUUCUCUCACUCAAAUUUCUGGUGAAGUUAUUGGUGACAGAACAUACCGAAAAACUGACCGAAAUUCUGGACUAUCUGACCGACUUGAUCAAAAGAGGCAAAGUCCAAAAUAACGUUUUAGCUUCAGUUUUGUUGUGCAUAGCUGAACUUUGUGCAAACUUGUGUGCACAUGCCAUUCCAAGUCUUCCGAACUUCAUGCCGGCGUUGUUGAAGAUUCUAAAGCAGCAGAAAAAUAAAGAGUCCAGUCUUCUGCUUUUAAGUUCAGUUACGGCAGUCCAGAAGGUAUUAGAAACGUUGCCGCUUUUCUUCAGUGCGUAUUUAGAGAAGUUGCUUUACGAACUAGCCGUGCUAGCUACCAAAUGGGGUGAUGAAGAAAAAACACAACCAGUGAUCGGUACUUCUAUACCCCCAAGAGUUCUAAUACCAGCGCUGAGCCAAAGCUACAACCACCUCAUCACCAAGAACUCCUUCACCGCCAUCACCUUCCUCAUGGAAGCACUAGGAGAAAAUCUGAACCACCUCAGUGGUUCCGAAAUCAACGUAAACCCACCCGAACUCACCACCUUUUUUCUAAACGCUUUACAAUUCCGGACCGACCAUGACACUUCCUUCGAGCAAGCCAACGAAGUCGAAGCCCAAAUAAUCACAGCGCUGAGCAAACUGGUGCUCAAGUUGUCGGAAAGCACAUUCAAGCCUCUAUACUACAAACUCUUUGACUGGGUUGCUAGACACGACCAGAAGACUGAAAGACUGAUUACGUUUUACGCUUUAUCCAGCAGCAUUGCCGAGUCUUUGAAGAACCUCUUCGUCCUUUUCGUCGGUCAUUUCCUGAACAACGCCGCUCGGAUUUUGGACGCUUGUAACACCGUCAAAAACGAAACGUCGUAUUUCGGUGAAGAAAACAAGAACGUUUUGUUGUUGGAGAACGUCUUGAAGACUCUUCAUGCGGUGUUUUUGUACGACAACCACAAGUUCGUGAAUAAGGAUAGGUUUCAGGUUUUGAUGCAACCUUUGGUUGAUCAGUUGAAGAAUAGUUUGGGCGGGGUUGAAUGUCUUGAAAGGAGGAACGAGAAGGUGGUUACGCUAGCGAUUGUGCAGCAGCUGAAUUAUCAGAUUUUGCUCAAAAUGAAGCACAAUUCGCCGAGUAUUAGGUUGAUUUCGUUGCAUUGUUUGAAGGAGAUGGUGAAGAAGUUGGGCGUGGAUUAUUUGCGUUUGUUGCCGGAGACUAUUUCGGUUUUGGCGGAGCUGCUAGAGGAUGAGGAGGAAAAUGUGGAGAAGGCGUGCAGGAAGGCUGUGCAAGAAAUGGAGAAGAUUUUAGGGGAACCAAUAGAAAAAUAUUUUAAAAUGUAGUUAGAUGCAUUUUUUAUUUAAAUAUAAAUUGUUACACAUCAUGGGUUUUUAAAAAUAGUAAAUUAUAUAUAAAUUAUUAUUAAAUUUGA